CUCUCCCCCAACCGGCGGCUGGUGAAGAUUCGCGGCUCAGCCACAGCCUGGCCGCGCUCGCCACGGCCAGAGACUGGGGACCAGUGUCUGAGCAUCCCCCGGGCGCGCACUUGGUGCGAAGGCGGGGGAGGGAAGGAUACGGAGGGGGAGUUGCUGAUUCCCUAGCGAACCCAGGAAGUUGUCCUUAAGGAAAAUAUAUCGCUGGCUCGCGGGUGAGCAGCCACCUGGCCAGAGCAGCAUGUGGACUGGCUCGCCGGGUCCGCUAAGUGCUCUGUGGCUGCCGCUGCCGCCGCUGAGGUCAGAGCAGCAGCUGCCGGCAGCAGGAGCCCCGCGCGGGGCCAGGAGCGGGGACGCUCGGCCGCCGCGUCCCCUGCUUACUGCUGGCCGCUUCUUCUUGGGAGGUGGCAGUCACUGUUGCUGCUGAGAAACCAGCCCGCAUUUCCACGGAUGGUCGCCUGAUGAGGAGUUGAGACUCUAGACCUGCCGCCCGGACACACAUGGCUUGUUACCUGGUCAUCAGCUCGAGACAUCUCAGCAAUGGGCACUACCGGGGCAUUAAAGGAGUCUUCAGAGGGCCCCUCUGCAAGAAUGGAUCUCCCUCUCCGGAUUUUCCAGAAAAGGAGAAGUCCACAGCAAAGGCUCUGGAAGAUGUAAAAGCAAACUUUUACUGUGAAUUAUGUGACAAGCAAUACCACAAACACCAGGAGUUUGACAAUCAUAUUAAUUCUUAUGAUCAUGCUCAUAAGCAGAGACUGAAAGAAUUAAAGCAACGGGAAUUUGCUAGAAAUGUAGCUUCCAAGUCAUGGAAAGAUGAAAAGAAACAAGAAAAAGCACUUAAGCGACUUCAUCAGCUGGCUGAGUUAAGGCAACAGUCUGAAUGUGUUUCAGGAAAUGGACCAGCAUACAAAGCCCCCAGGGUAGCCAUAGAAAAGCAACUCCAGCAAGGAAUUUUCCCAAUUAAGAACGGCAGAAAGGUAUCUUGCAUGAAGAGCGCUCUUCUCCUUAAAGGAAAGAAUCUCUCCAGAAGCAUUUCCGAUAAACAAUGGUCCACAGCACCAAAUCGACACCAGUUACAGACAGAUAGACGUUGUUUGUUUGGAAAUCGGGUACCACACACAUCUUCAGAUCAUAGCAAUGCAAAUCACAGGACAGGAGUAUCGUUUUCUUUUUCCAGAAAAGUGCAUCUAAAAUUAGAAUCUUCAGCAGCAGUUUUCAGUGAGAACACAGAAGAAACCCAUGAUUGUAACAAGUCACCCACCUAUAAAACAAAGCACACUGCAGAGAAACGCAUGUGCUGCAGGUUUGCAAAUGAAGAUGCACACCUCGCUAAGGAAAAAGAUAUAAACAUCUCACCAAGCCAUCUGGAAAGUGUUUUACACACUACCUUCUCCAUAAGCUCUCAAAUCUUGCAAGACAAAAAUGACUCUGUUGAUGAAACACUGGAAGGUUCACUUGGCAUUCGUGCUUCAUUCAGUAAAUCUAAGAUUUGUCUUUCAGAUGCAAAAUUUACCCCUUCCAGCAGAGCAAAAGAAACUAGAAAGACAUUGAAGAACACUUCAGAAAACUGCAUUAAUCACUCAUGCCAAACAAAUGUUUCCUCCUGCCCACCAAACAUUUAUAGGCACAGUGAUGCCAGGAUAUUUGAGUGUCUGGAUGAGUUUCAAUCACUAGAGCCAAGUGAACAAAGCAGCACAGUACAUCUGAAUCCCAACUCCAGAAAGGAAAAGAGAGAAAAAUCAUUAGAUAAAACAGAGAGAGCUAGCAAAAAUGUACAAAGGCUUAUAAGAGAAGCUUGUCCCCAUGACAGGAAGGCCAAACCACUGCCUUUUCUCCACGUACAAAGCAAGGAUGGCCACACCACUCUCCAGUGGCCUACAGAGCUGCUUCUUUUUACAAAAACGGAGCCCUGUAUCUCUUAUGGCUGCAAUCCAUUGUAUUUUGAUUUUAAGCUUUCUCGAAAUGCGAAGCAUGGCCAUGAUCCAGAGGACUUAAAAACAGAUCUGGAUUUGCUGAAAGAACCCUCAGAAAUGAAGACUACAAUAGAGAACCAAGUCUCAGGUUUAAUCAAAGACCAACAACAGUUGAUCCAAGAGGAUAAUCAAUCUCUGAAACCAAAGAUGAUGGUAGUUCAUCCAGAUUGGGAAAAUUUCCAGAGAAAAUAUAAUUUGGGCCACAAUGAUUCUGAGUCAAAUGUGAUUGAAUGUAAUUUGAAUGCAAGCGAUUUGGAAAAGAAAAAUCCUGAAGUGCCUGCUUACCUUGAUAUCUCGCUAAAUAAUUUUGUAGGAAACAACAAUAAUAGUGAGAAUGAACUUAAGGAAACUUCAAGGGCCCAUUGGCCAAGCUGCCAAAGGAUAAUUCUAAAGGAUGCAAAUGAGGGUGUAUCUUUUUCUCCUUAUGUCUCUAGGACUAAAAAGCAUAAACUGAUUUCCUGUGACCCUCCUGUGGAUUUUGAAGAUGGGAAUCAAGUCACCUGGAAUUCUAGUCCUUACACAGUAAGGGGCCACAGUGACUGUGGGAAGAACUUCAGGGUAAUAUUGAAUAGCAACCACAUCAGCAUGACCAGCAGGGCUUCUGGAUGUGGAAACACAAGUUAUAAGAGAGGUUCUCCAAAGUCGUCUCUGAAUAGACAUUCAAGCCCUUCAGACACAUCCCCUGGCAGUACACCCAGCUUGAGAAGUACUUGCUCAAAUAAUAGGUCCAGUGGUCGUGGGAGAGGUAAUUUGCUCUACUUCUGCAAAAGAGAACACAACUCAACUGAAAGACACAGACGGAAACGUCGAAAGCACAGCUGUCUCUGCUUGUCUGAUGAGCUAGCAAAGAGUGACUGUCCACCGUCUGAAACACAGAGAGGCAGGAGCUGCAAAUUGUGGGAGUCAGUUAAAAAUGAAAAAUACUCAAAACAUGGAUAUAGUCACUGCAGAGAAAAAUAUAAAGUGGGUAAAAAUCAACAGUUUUCAGGGCCAAAAUCCAGGAGAAUCCCCCAUUGCGAUGCUAGCUCCCAGACUUCUUGUGCUAGAAGCAGUGAAAACCCUCCUAACUGCCAGGGACUUCAGCACAGCAGAUUGGGCUCUUACUCAAGAAAGAAAACGUAUUACUCAAAUAAAAGUGAACGAAGCCAACAGUCUUUGGACAGCCCUCAUCUUUGUGAUCUGGGAAAAGUAAAACCCACACAGUCUAACCCUGGGAAUAUAAGCUGCCUUCUAAGAAACUGUUCCGACAGCCCUUCAGAAACCACAGAGUUGAACAUUGUGGAAGGAAAGAGCACCCCCUUGACAGCCAAAAGCCUUUUAGAAAGAGUACAAGCCAAGAAACGUCAAGAACAAUCAACUCAUUUUGAAGUCACUUCAGACAGUUGUAAAAAUGAAUCAGAGGCUCAUUCUCCAAUCCAAUGUACAAUUCAAUUCAUACCACCAGGUUGUACCAGCCCUGCAUUGCCUAUGUCUAAAAAAAUACAGAACACAAGUAGAAGAAGAAAGGAUAAAGGCAGUUCAAUGCAAAGAACUACUGAGACAGACACAGUCAAAAGUUCACAGACAAAUGAUUUUUCUGUUUUAGGAGACACCAAUUGUGAUAAUCACCUUUCUAAAGGUAUAAUUCAUGGAGCAGCAGAGUCCCACUCACCAAACAUGAAAAAUAACCCAAUCACAAAAGAACAGUCCAAGUCUUUAAUUAGUGAGUUCCAACCUUUUAUUCAAAGCUGUGACCCGGUACCAAAUGACUUCCCUGGUGCUUUUCCAUCUAAUAGAUAUACUGAUGUUAUUGAUUCAACAGAGACCAAAGAGGACCGAAUAAAUCUAGACUUAGAGGAUGUAAGCAUGCAUAUGAAUCAUGUAGAGGGGACUAUAAACUCUUACUAUGACAGAACAAUGCAGAAGCAUGACAAAGUAGCAGAUGACUUAGAAAUGUGUCAUAAAUCUUUCUCUCCCCCUUUAAUUCAACAGCCCAUAACGUUUUCUCCUGAUGAAAUAGAUAAAUAUAAGCUCCUACAGCUACAAGCCCAGCAGCAUAUGCAGAAACAGCUCCUAUCAAAGCAUCUUCGAGUUGUGCCUGCCACAGGGCCAACGGCCUUCUCUCCGGCCUCAGCUGUACAGACAGUUCCGGUUCACCAGCAGGCUUCCAUCACCACGAUCCACCACACGUUCCUGCAGCAUUUUGUUUCCGCUUCCAUAAAUGCCCAUAGCAGUCACCUCCCUAUAGCUCAUCUCCAUCCUCUUCCGCAGCCACAUUUUAAUCCAUUCGCCUUUUCACCUCUGACUCCAACCAUCAUCCCAGCGCACCACACUUUCUUAGCGGGUCACCCCCUGCAUUUAGUCACUACUGCCCCCUUCCACCCACCUCACAUAACGCUUCAGCCCCUGCCCCCUGCAGCAUAUAUUCCCACAUUGUUUGGCCCUCACUUAAACCCAGCCACAGCUUCUAUCAUCCACUUGAAUCCUUUAAUUCAACCAGUGUUUCAAGGUCAAGAUCUUUGCCAUCAUUCUUGCUCCAGUCAGAUGCAACCAAUAAAUGGAGUGAAAGAGGCCUUAAAUGUGCCAACUCACUUGAACUAAUACAUGUUAAAUCCCCUUCUUUGGAUAAAUAAAACAAAUCGUCACUACCUUCAGAAUGAUAUAUUUAAAUUGGACUGAUUAUUACAAGAUUUAAAAUGGGGGUGCCAAUUCAAAACAUGACUGGUAGAGAAAUAUGAACUGAAUGGCCAAUAUUGAAAUGGAAGCAUUUUAAGAAUUUCUUUUAAAUUGCAAAACUAUGGAACAAAUUUAAAGGAAUUGUAUGGAUAGGUAGAGGGAAGAGUGUUAAAAUUCUGUUUUGGAUGAGUUCUCACAUAACAAAAAUGGAAAACAUUUAGGCAGAUCAUUGAUACUACAAAGUAAAUUAACCGGAACAUAAUGCCCUUUGUUCUAGGUGUUCGUUGAGUGAGUGAACAAAUGAAUGAAUUAAUGCACAUUUGGUUUUAUUUAUCAGGUAAUAAUAAAAGGUCAGUGAAAUGAAUUAAUUAUAUUAAAAAUAAUUCCUAUGGUUAACUGUUGACUAAGCUUUCAAUCAGUAUAAUCUCUUUCAAUCAAUAUACUAUAUUUUCAUGGGAAAAAGAGAUGACAAGAAAUUUUCUAACUAAUCCAGAUUGAAAACUAGUCUUCAAUGCAAAAUAGUCUUAUUCAGAAUGUACGGCUGUGUUUCUGUGGAAUGUUGGACUCUCUUCAUUUCAGUCCCUUCUGUGUCAAGAGGAUUAUGUGAUGGUAAGAAUCACCAAUAUCUAAAAUUAAGAAUGUUUAAUUUUUGUAUAAAAAAACACACAUACACUAUCAUUAGUUUUGGGUAAGGCAAAUAAAAAAUAAGUUAUAUUCAGAAUAAUAUUUGAACAUAUUUGUCCAUCUUUCAAAGAUUACAAGUUUUAAAAUUCUACUCAGAAAUCUGUGUUCAGACAAUAGAUGUAUAAUUGGAGAGGUAAAAGUUUGGAAAUAUCAAACAUUUUACAUGAUACUUACUGAGAAAAAAAUUUAAAUAUUUGUUAUGUUUUAUUCAAUUUUACUAAAUAUUUAUAAAAUGCAGUGAAUGAUGAUGAAUAAAAUCACCAUUCUGAUAAUUUUGCAAAUGAUUUUAAACAUUCAUCACCCACAAAAUGUGCAUUUCUUACAUCUAUAUUUCUGAAUGACCCUUUAGUGAGGUGUAUUAUUUUAUACUCUUAAAAGGAAAGAAAAACUUGUAUGGCUGUACAUUCCCCAUUAGCACGGGUUUUAGAGAAAAUCAAAAGGAGCAGGAAUGGAGAUAAUCAGUCAUCAUCACCACGGUGUGUAUAACUAAUGCAGAUCCCUCUGCCACUAGAAAGUGAGAAGGAUGGCUUAUCCAGUCUUGGCUUUAUGGGGAAGAGAACUGUGCUUAUUGAAGGCCUAUGGUGCAUCAAGAGAGUCAUGCUGAGCAUUUGGCCUGAACUAUCUCAUUUAAUUUCACAAGUGUAUUCUUAGUCCAUAUUCUUUCUCUGUACAGAUGGGGGAAAAGCAGUUGAAAGGCUAAGAUCUUAACACUUGCAAAUGGUAGGAAAGGACAUCUUUGAUGCUGGUGAGGGAGAGAUGUCUAGAAUCCAGUGAAUUAAAAAAUGUAAAGAGAUGAUGUAGUUUCCUAAAUAUCACCAGAAACUCAUGGGAUGGAAAUUUUGACUUGGGGUAUGGCAGUGAGAGAGUCUAACUUAUCUGAAAGGAACAGAAAAAAUGGAAGAAAGGCAUCAAAUAGCAAGAAAUUCUAUACUUGUAUGGAACUCCAUAAAAAUGAUUAUAAAAGAACAUUGAUAAACAUUGAGUGAAUAAUAAAAAAAAUCAAAAUAAAUGAAUAUUUCUUAGAAAAAUAGGUGGCAAAUUUUCCAGCACAUAAAAAGAAAAGUAAUGUGGAUACCAUUUCCUAAAACAGAUUACAAAGUUGAUACAGAGCCAAGAUAGAGUAAUUAUGGGAACCCACUAGAAGUCUUAUUAUGAAAAAGACCAUCUGAUUAAUAUUUAUAAUUGUCUUAGUGACAAUUUAAUCUCUCAGAAGGUUACAACAGAGAACCUCUCCCGGGCACUUAAUUUUGACUAACAAGGAUAGAUGAAUAUGAAUUGAUGGCAUGGAAAUGACUAUCUUGUAUUAUUGGUGAUGAAAAUGUUCACUGGAUAUACUGUCUUGGACUUUGGGAAAACAGACUUCACCAUUUAAAUAAAAGAUAACUUGUACCCUAGGGCAGGAAAUUAUAAAAGCUGUAGCAUCACAUGAGUAGAGCUACCAUUACAAAUGAGUCCAAUGAAGCAGAAAAAAGUUGUCCUUAAAACAAUUGAAUAUAAGCUGAAUGAAAGAAAUUAUUCAGAAUAAUCAUUAAAAUACCAUCAUUAAAAUACCAUGUGGUGGUAACACAACAGUCAUGGAUCAAAAAUGGAGGGAGAUUAGGUUAACUCAGUUUAAAUACCCCAUUUAUUGGGAAAAUCCAAAGAAAUUGUUUUUUUGCUUUUGCUUACUGCUAAGGCAGGUGAUCAGUAAUAAUAAUAAUAACAACAAUAAUAAUAGUGUUCCCUAAAUCUGAAUCUGUUUUGGUUUCCCUCUUAAGGAUAAAGUUCUUCAAAGUGAGAAUUGUGGAACUAACAUGGAUAAUAAAUUUGGAAAAUACAGAGAAAAUUAUUUACUGGCCACUUUAAAUGAGUUUGAAUCUCCACAUUUAGAAUUUUACCAUUAGAAUAUUAAAAUUGCCUUUCUCAAAUGUCCUUGAGAAAAUAGGCAAACUGGAGGAGAAGUUAGAACAAUUAAUCUCUACUUUUAUAACAGGAAGAAUAUUUAAUAUAAAUAUUACUGAUUUAAAAGUUAGCAUAUUUAUAAAUAAAAGUUUAAGCAGAAUGUCUAAUGAAAAUGAAGAUACAAAUCAAUAGUAACUCUAACAGGUAUACCAAAAACAAAUCAUAAAAAAUAAAAGUAUUUUAUUUUUUAUUUGUUCUCUUUAUUUUCUUUCUCAUUUAAUAAAUAUUUAUUAAGCACCAUGUGCUAGGCAAUAAUCUAAAUGUUUUGGAUAUAAUAAAAAUCAUAACUAACAAUAAUAGUGCCAUAAUAUAGUUUAAUUUUAAUCAGGUCAUGUAGACAAAAACCAGAAUAGACAAGUAAAACAAUACUAUGUCAGAGGAUAAUAAAUGCUACUGAGGGAUAUAAAUAGGAAAAGUAGAUAAAGGUGUUUGGGCCAGAUAGUGGCUAAAGUACAGUUUUAAGUAGGGUAGUCAGAGGAAGCUUCACUAUGAAAGGGGUAUAUCAACAAAGACCUAAAACAAAUGAGCAUUCUAGGCUCGGAGAAGACCAGGUUUCAGUGACUUGUUGGAAAUGCCCGUCAUGCUUAAGAAAUGGCACAAAAACACUGGUUGGGAAAGAAGGAUUCAGAGAAUUACAGGAGAUAAAAGCAGAGAAAAAAUUUUGCAGCAAAAUCAUGUGGGAUCACAUUGGCCAUUUUAAUGACGAGUUUCUACUGUGAGAUGAGAAACUAGUGGAUAAUUUUAGCAGAUGAGCAACAUGAUUCUUCUUAGAUUUUACCAGGGCCACUCAGCUAUGAAUUGUGAAUGAUCUCUAGGGGAGUAAAGAUUGGAGUAGGGAGGCCAAUUAGAAGAUUGAAAUGUUUCAGCCAAAAGAAUGCAGUGGCUUGCUCAGGGAUAGUCUGGUGGAAAUGUUGACGAGUGGUGAGACUCUGGAUUUAUUUUGAAAGGAGGGCUGAAAAACUGCUUUGUCUUGAGUAUAAGGUAUAAGACAAAGAAAAGAGUCAGAGGUGACAUCCUACUUUUUACACAAGCAACUAGAUAGAUGGAUUUACUAUUUAACCAAAAUAUGGAACACUGUGGUGAGGAGCAGGAGAAGAGAGGAAGUUCGGUGUAAAUAUUCUGUUUGAGAUGCCUAUUAAAUACUGAAGUGGAGAUAAUGAGUUGGUAGCUGGAAGUAUGAGUCUGAAGUUUGAGUAGAAGUGUGAGAAGGACAAAUACUUUCAGGAAUCCUUAACAUAUAGAAAGAAUUUGAAGCCAGUGGCCUAGAUAAUAUCAUCAGGGGAGGUGAGGGUAGAUAAACGGUUCAGAGACUGAGUGACCCUAGAUCACUCUAAUUUUAAGAGUGGAAAUAGAAGGAAGCACCCCCCCCCAAAAAAAAAGAGA